AGCAGCAGCAGCAGCAGCGACGCGCAGACCGGAAGCGUCCUGGCAGCCUCCACCGUGCUAAACAGUUAGCGGAGCGUCUCUGCCGCCGCGUGACAGCCAGCCAGACCUGCCCACUUGGACUCUGGUCUGAUCGGAUUCCGCAGACGUUGACCGCCGAGUUUUCCUUAUCGAGUCGCGGUGUUUGUGGAGCAGACGACCGGGAUGGCCACCCUGGAGAAGCCGUCUCCCGGCAGGGUGUCGCUGGACGACACGGUACCUCUGACUGCGGUGAUCGAAGCCAGCCAGAACCUCCAGUCCCACACGGAGUACAUCAUCAAAGUGCAGAGAGGAGUGUCUGCAGAGAACAGUUGGCAGGUCAUUCGACGUUACAGUGAUUUUGACGUUCUGAACAGCAGUCUGAUGGUGUCAGGGGUCAGCCUCUCUCUCCCUCCUAAGAAGCUGAUCGGGAACAUGGACCGGGAGUUCAUAGCUGAGAGGCAGAAGGGACUACAGGCGUACCUGGACUCCAUUACCCAGCAUCCCCUGCUGUCCACCUGUGAGCUGGUCAAGAAGUUUCUUGACCCAAACAACUACAGUGCCAACUAUACAGAGAUCGCUCUGCAGCAGGUCUCCAUGUUUUUCAGGUCAGACCCGAAGUGGGAGUUGGUUGAGCCUCUGAAAGACAUUGGUUGGAGAAUCAGGAAGAAAUAUUUCUUAAUGAAAAACCGAGAGCUGCCGAAAGAGAGACAACUGCUGAGCUGGGUGGACCUGGGUCCUGAUAUGUUCCUGUCAGACAAAGACCUGCAGUCUGCCAUGAAGCUCCUGACCACUCUGUCUAACCCGUAUAUUUACCCUUUGCUGUUUGCAAGCACCAACGAGUCCUCGGCUCUGGUCAUCAGACCCUUUAACGACAAAGGAACUCUGAGAGACAACAUCUACAAGGUGAAAGCAAAAGAUUCCUUCCUGAAGAAAUACAGUAAGGCGAGGAAGAUCCAGGGUCUUGAGCUCCAUCACAUCAAACAGUAUGGGAGACAGAUACUAGAGGUGCUGAGGUUCCUCCAUGAUAGAGGUUUUGCCUUUGGUCACCUCCAUGCCUCCAAUGUGGUCCUAGAGGAGAACAUGUGCAGACUUCUGGACAUGGAGAACAGCCUGCUAGGACUCCCCAGCUUCUACAAAAACUACAUCACCCAGUUCAGAAAGAUUAAUACCAUGGAGAGCAUUGAUGUUUACUCCUUUGGUCAUUUACUCUACGAGAUGGUCUACGCACGAGCUCCAGACACAGUCCCUGUAGACCACUACACUGAUGUACCCUACCCUUCUGUAGUAUCAGUGCUACAGUCCAUUCUGUCAACUGAAGCGUGUAAAACUGGAAUGCCAACAGUAUCCCAACUCAUCCAGACACCACUCUUCAGUGAUGUCCAGCUAGAGCACGCUGACAAGCUCCAGUUUAAGAUCCCCACCAAACUGAAGGAGGCGCUGAGGACCGCCAAGGAGAGCCUGGAGAGGAGGCUGCAGGAGGAGCAGAGAGUGUUCCACCAACACAGACGUCUCACCAGAGCCCAGUCUCACCAUGGCUCUGAGGACCAGAAGAAGAGGAGAAGGAUUCUGGCCAGGAAGAAAUCCAGACAGUCAGCAUAUGAAAAUGAAGAAGACGUUUCUGUCAGAUACAACAAUAACGCUGCAGGUUCUGGAACCAGCUCCCCUUUAAUUUCCCCCUCCUCUCCCGUCCCUCCACCCACCACAGGAGCCAACACUGCCCCUCCUCCUCCUCCUCCACCUCCUCCUCCCUGCAGCCAGUCAGGGGAGCAGCCUGACUCCUCCUCCUGCAACGGGGUUGGUGCUCGUGCUGCCCUGCUCAGCUCCAUCCAGACCUUCAGUAAGGUCAACUUGAGGAGUGCGGAGACCGUCGACUGCAGUAAACCAAUCAUCUGACAUCAUCACAGCUGGAGACCUGGGGUCACCAUACAGACCCCGCCGCAUGGCCGAACUCAAUAACAAACCCCCCAAUGCGCACACACACACGCUCACACACACACACACACACACACACACACACACACACACACACACAGAUGUGGAAAAAAAUACUGACGCUGCUUUUGCUUUAAACUGUUGUGUUGAGAAAGAACACCAGAAUUUAACCCUCGGCACAGUCAACCUGACUCCACCCACAACCAUUUCAGUCAGACUCCGCCCCCAUCAGGCGCGGUCUGGCUGGGAAUGUUCCAGAGCAUACAGAGUUACUGCCAGGUCAGUUCAACAAAGUGAAGAGAUGGUCAGCAGCCUGCAGGGGGCAACCAGACACCACACAGGCAGCUCAGAACUGCAGCGCACAGGACCCAAAACAAGAUGGCUGCCUGGUUCUGUCAACAGCUGCACUCGCUUAAGACUUGUCAGUGC